UCAACCAGCGCAACCAGAGGACGCUUCGGUUCCUCAUCGGCGGAAUAAACGAGCAAAAUACAAAGCAGUGUGGUUGAUGAUGGUCACCAUGGCGACCCCGCUGCUCCUGGCCCUCCUGGUGGGGGCACUGCCCUCCCGUGCAUUCGGCGAGGGGGCGUGUCUUCAGGACGGGAAACACAAGACCACGCCCAGCGCUGAACCCCAGCUGACGGAGUGCUCGCUGUACACCGACAACGCGUGCUGCACGGUGGAGGACGUCCAGGACAUCGCUCACGUCCCGGCCCUCAGCAACAAGAACGCCCCCUGGGACCACUGCGGACAUCUGAGCUCCACGUGUGAGGUGUUCCUGAAGCGGGUCUCCUGUUUCUACCGCUGCUCGCCGGACGCCGCCCGCUGGCCACACCCCCGCCGGCGCUCCUACAUCCAGGCCGUCCCGCUCUGCCACAGCUUCUGCCGCGACUGGUUCGAUGCCUGCAGGAUGGACCUGACCUGCGCCCGCAACUGGGCCCGGGACCCCCGCGGCCACAACUGCACGGGGACCUGCGUCCAGUACCAGCAGAUGUACCAGCACGGCCGGGACCUGUGCGAGAGCCUGUGGGGCGACGCCUUCAUGACGGUGGAGGACCAGGUGGAGGAGGAGGAGGGGGGGCACCACGACGGAGUCCAUGGCAACGACGGUCCCCCCGGCGACGGUCACCCCGGCGACAGCUCCCGUCCGUGCGGCUGUCUGACCCUCAGCUCGUCGGACCGCGACGUGAUGGCGGCACUGCGGGCGCAGAGCGUGGACCCCGAGGAGCUCGACACCACCAAGUCCGGCCUGCCCCAGUACCGCGCCCCCUGCCAGGCCCCGCCCCCCCGGCCCACGCCACGCCCCCCGCCACCAGGAAGGCGGGGAGGAGGGCGGGCGAAGGCGGCGCUACGGAAACGCUCGGUGGCGGUGGAGGAUGCGGAGGGGAGCGGGAGCGGCAUGUAGGCGCUAUAGAUCUA